AUGCCACCUUCAUCGAACCCUUGUUGUGAGGAAGAAGAUGUUGGAGACUUCAAAUGGGGGAAGAAACAAGCGAUUGAUGUUGGAAACAAAGAUACAGUGUUGUAUGAAUCGUUUGUUUACGACGGCGUUGAGUAUUUUCUAUACGAUUCUGUUUAUUUUUACCACACUGAUCAUCUCGAGACUUCUAUUGGUAAGCUUGUGAAGAUGUUUGAGAGAGAUGGUAGGAAGAUGGUUGAAGCUGUUUGGUUUUUUCGCCCUUUGGAAAUUCGGAAUUUCCAUGGGACUCAUCACCCUUUUUGGAAUGAGUUGUUUUUGGCUUCUGGGACUGGAAAUGGUGUUUCCAAUUGCAAUUUAUUGGAGUCAAUUAUUGGAAAAUGCAGUGUUGUAUGCACUUCAGAGGAUAAGAGAAAUCCCAAACCAUCUGAAACAGAGCGAAAGAAAGCAGAUUUCUAUUUCAAAUGUACUUUCAAUGUUGAUAGGUGUGUCAUCGAUGAUAAAUUUCCUGAUACGAUUAAUGGAAUUGAAGUGGAGCAGUUCUUUAAUAAGAAAGGGGAUAAUCUGCAUCUUGAGACAAAUAAAAUUCCUAGAGUGAUAAAGAAGAUAAAGAUAAAGAAGAGAAUUUCUGUGAAUGUUAAAGAUAAAAGUGAAGUAAUAGGUGAGGCUAGAACCAAGAGUGCUCCUUCUAAUACCUUGCAUCGGAAAGUUGAAGAUAAAGAUGAAUUGAGAACUUCUAAGAAUGUCUCGCCAAAGACACUGAUAAGGGCAUCUGAGAAUUUUAGAGAUGAAAAUGAAGCCAAUAUUAAGACUGCUCCUUCUGAUAUGUUGUGUUCGAAAGUUGAAGAUAAAGAUGAACUGAGAACUUCUAAGAAUGUCUCGCCAAAGACAAUGAUGAGGACUUCUGAAAAUUUUAGACAUAAAAAUGAAGCCAAUAUUAAGACUGCUCCUUCUGAUAUGUUGUGUAGGAAAGUUGAAGUUAAAGAUGAACUGAGAACUUCUAAGAAUGUCUCGCCAAAGACAAUGAUGAAGACUUCUGAGAAUUUUAGAGAUAAAAAUGAAGCCAAUAUUAAGACUGCUCCUUCUGAUAUGUUGUGUAGGAAAGUUGAAGUUAAAGAUGAACUGAGAACUUCUAAGAAUGUCUCGCCAAAGACAAUGAUGAGGACUUCUGAGAAUUUUAGAGAUGAAAAUGAAGCCAAUAUUAAGACUGCUCCUUCUGAUAUGUUGUGUAGGAAAGUUGAAGUUAAAGAUGAACUGAGAACUUCUAAGAAUGUCUCGCCAAAGACAAUGAUGAGGACUUCUGAGAAUUUUAGAGAUGAAAAUGAAGCCAAUAUUAAGACUGCUCCUUCUGAUAUGUUGUGUAGGAAAGUUGAAGUUAAAGAUGAACUGAGAACUUCCGAGAAUUUUAGAGAUAAAAAUGAAGCCGAGUUUAAGACUGCUCCUUCUGAUAUGCUGUGUAGGAAAGUUGAAGAUAAAGAUGAAUUGAGAACCUCUGAGAAUGUCUCAUCAAAAAUAAAGAUAACUUCCAAGAACUUUAGAUAUAAAGAUGGAGCUAAGAUUAAGAUUGUUCCUUCUGAUAGCUUGCAUUGGAAAUUUGAAGAUAAAAAUCAAUUGAGAACUUCUGAGAAUGUCCAGCCAAAGAUAAAGAUAGGAGGUUCUAAAAUUUUUAAAGAUAAAGAUGAGGUUAGGACUAAGAUUGCUCCUUUUGAUAUGUUGCGUUUGAAAGUUAAAGCUAAAGAUGAAAUGAGAAUUUCGGAGAAUGUCUCGUCAAAGAUAUUAUUAGAUUCUUAUCCAUCUAAAAAGAGGAAGUUCACGGAAGAGAAGUCAGUCAUUGGUCAAAUUAACAAAUCCCAAAAGAAAGAGGUAUUUGACAGGAAGGAAGAAUUUAGACAGGAUGCAAGUGUCAACCCAAACAGGAAAGUUACUGAGGUGACUGAAAGGCCAAAUGCAGAGAAAAGAAAGUGGUUUAAAAAUAUGCCUUGGGAAGGAAGACUACAGAAAGCUCAAGAGUUGGAUACCCUUGUUUUACUGAAUAAUCUGGAUCCAUCCUACACGUCCUUUAAAGUUGAGGAUCUUGUUUGGCAUGCACUCAAAGAAAAGGUUGAGGCAAGGAUGAUAGAGUCGACCCCGACUUCCAAUACAUACUAUGGUAGAGCAUUGGUUAUUUUCAAAACAAAAGAUGCAGCUGCACAUGCAAUAUUCGAGUUGACCAGGAAAUGCCUUGUUCUUGAAGAUGGGAGGGUUGUGACUGCCAGGAAGGGAACUGUAAGAGAUCCAGUCAAGCAAAGCACAUUCCCUGGCCAUCUGACUCUUAGUAGAGCCGCCCUUCACAAGCAAAGCCGAGAGAUGAGAAAUGCUGUAUCAACAUCACAUUGUUCACAGCCCAAUACAAUUGAAUACGCAAUGGCUAUUGAAUGGGCACAUCAAUAUGACAAGUCCGAGGCAUGUUGGAAGGCCUUAUGUGAGAAACAAAUGAAGGAGAUAGAUGCUGUAAAGAGUAAACUUAGAACAGACAGAAUAUUUUUUGAAGACUCAUAA